GCCCCCGCCGGUACCCUCGCCGGACCCGUGAGAGCGCGCCGCCGCCAUCUUAGUUGCUGCCGCCGCCUCCAGCCAAGCGCUGCCUCGGCGGAGGGGAGGGCGCCCGCGGCCCGAGCGCGCGGCCCAGCGUCGCGGCGGCGGCUCGUCGGAUCCCGGAGCUCUCCGCCGCGCGAAGCAGCCGACCCCGGGCCGCGAGAGCCCCGCUCGGCGCCCCGCACGCCUGCCUGCCGCUCCCGCCUCGAGCCGGCCGCGGCGCCGGGAGCCCGAGCGAUGCUGCGCCGCCCUGCGCUCGCGCCGGCCCCGGCCGCCUGGCUGCUGCUGGCCGGGCUGCUGAGCGGCGGCGGGGUCUGGGCCACGCGAGUUAACAAGCACAAGCCGUGGCUCGAGCCCACCUAUCAUGGCAUCGUCACAGAAAACGACAACGCGGUGCUCCUCGACCCUCCGCUGAUCGCCCUGGAUAAAGACGCACCUCUGCGGUUCGCAGAGAGUUUUGAGGUGACAGUCACCAAAGAAGGUGAGAUUUGUGGAUUUAAAAUUCAUGGGCAGAAUGUCCCCUUUGAUGCAGUGGUAGUGGAUAAGUCCACUGGCGAGGGAAUAAUUCGCUCAAAAGAGAAACUGGACUGUGAACUACAGAAAGACUACACAUUCACCAUCCAGGCCUAUGACUGCGGCCAGGGGCCGGAUGGCGCCAACGCGAAAAAGUCUCAUAAAGCAACUGUCCAUAUUCAGGUGAACGAUGUGAACGAAUAUGCACCUGUGUUCAAGGAGAAGUCCUACAAAGCGACCGUCAUCGAGGGGAAGCAGUAUGACAGCAUCCUGAGGGUGGAGGCCGUGGACGCUGACUGCUCCCCCCAGUUCAGCCAGAUAUGCAGCUAUGAAGUCGUCACUCCAGACGUGCCGUUUGCUAUCGACAAAGAUGGUUACAUAAAAAACACAGAGAAGCUAAACUAUGGGAAAGAACACCAGUACAAGCUGACCAUCACCGCCUACGACUGCGGGAAGAGAAGGGCAGCGGAAGAUGUCUUGGUGAAGGUCAGCGUCAAGCCCACCUGCACCCCCGGGUGGCAAGGAUGGAACAAGAGGAUCGAAUAUGAGCCUGGCACGGGCUCUUUGGCCCUCUUCCCAAAUGUCCACCUGGAGACGUGUGACGAACCCGUGGCCUCAGUGCAGGCGACGGUAGAGCUGGAGACCGGCCACAUCGGGAAAGGCUGUGACCGUGACACCUACUCUGAGCAGUCUCUUCACCGGCUGUGUGGCGCUGCGUCUGGCACCACCGAGCUGCUCCCGUCCCCAAGUGGGUCCUUGAACUGGACUGUCGGCCUCCCCACUGACAACGGCCACGACAGUGACCAGGUCUUCGAGUUCAACGGCACCCAAGCAGUGAGGAUCCCAGAUGGUGUCGUUUCUGUCAACCCGAAAGAGCCUUUUACGAUUUCUGUGUGGAUGAGGCAUGGGCCUUUUGGCAGGAAGAAGGAGACCAUUCUCUGUAGUUCAGACAAAACAGACAUGAACCGGCACCAUUAUUCACUCUACGUCCACGGCUGCCGCCUCACUUUCCUCCUCCGUCAGGAUCCUUCAGAAGAGAAGAAAUACAAACCUGCAGAAUUCCACUGGAAAUUGAAUCAGGUCUGUGAUGAGGAGUGGCAUCACUACGUCCUCAACGUGGAGCUCCCGAGCGUGACUCUCUAUGUGGACGGUGUUUCUCACGAUCCCUUCUCUGUGACCGAAGAUUACCCGCUUCAUCCAUCCAGAAUUGAAACCCAGCUCGUGGUUGGGGCUUGCUGGCAAGAGUAUCCAGCAUUUGAAAAUGACAAUGAAACCGAGCCUGUGCCUAUGGCCCCUGCAGGUGGCGACCUGCACAUGACCCAGUUUUUCCGGGGUAAUCUGGCUGGCCUGACUGUCCGUUCUGGGAAACUCGCGGAUAAGAAGGUGAUUGACUGUCUGUACACCUGCAAGGAAGGGCUGGACCUGCAGGCCCCCGAGGACGGCAGAGGCGUGAAGAUCCAUACCAACCCCAGUCAGUUGGCGUUGACCUUGGAGGGAGAUGAUGUUGGGGAGCUGGAUAAAGCCAUGCAGCACAUCGCCUACCUGAACUCACGGCAGUUCCCCACACCUGGGAUCCGGAGACUCAAACUCACCAGCACAGUCAAGUGUUUUAAUGAAGCUACCUGCAUCUCGGUGCCCCCGGUGGAUGGUUACGUGAUGGUGUUGCAGCCAGAGGAGCCCAAGAUCAGCCUGAGUGGGGUCCACCAUUUUGCUCGAGCGGCUUCUGAAUUUGAAAGCCCAGAGGGGGUUUUCCUUUUCCCUGAGCUUCGGAUCAUCAGCACCAUCACGAGAGAAGUGGAGCCCGAAGGGGAUGGGGACGAGGACCCCACAGUUCAAGAGUCGCUCGUGUCCGAGGAGAUCGUGCAUGACCUGGAUACCUGCGAGGUCACCGUGGACGGGGAGGAACUGAACCCAGCACAGGAGAGCCUGGAGGUAGACAUGGCCCGCCUGCAGCAGAAGGGCAUCGCGGUGAGCGCCUCCGACCUGGGCAUGGUCUUCACAGGCGUGGACACCAUGGCCAGCUACGAGGAGGUUCUGCGCCUCCUCCGCUAUCGGAACUGGCACACCAGGUCCCUGCUUGACCGGAAGUUCAGGCUCGUCUGCUCAGAGCUCAAUGGCCGCUACAUCAGCAACGAGUUUCAGGUGGAGGUGAACGUCAUUCACACGGCCGGCCCCAUGGAGCACGCCAGCCACAUGGCCGCCCAGCCGCAGUUCGUCCACCCGGAGCGCCAUGCCUUCGUCGAUCUCUCGGGUCACAACCUGGCCAGCCCCCACCCGUUCGCAGUUGUCCCCAGCACCGCCACUGUUGUCAUUGUGGUGUGUGUCAGCUUCUUGGUUUUCAUGAUUAUCCUGGGAGUCUUCCGGAUCCGGGCUGCUCAUCAGCGAACCAUGCGGGACCAGGACACCGGGAAGGAGAACGAGAUGGAUUGGGAUGACUCCGCUCUGACCAUCACCGUGAACCCCAUGGAGACGUACGAGGACCAGCACAGCAGCGAGGAGGAGGAGGAGGAGGAAGAGGAGGAGGAGAGCGAAGCCGGGGAGGAGGAGGAUGACAUCACCAGCGCCGAGUCGGAAAGCAGCGAGGAGGAGGAGGGGGAGCACGGGGACCAGCAGAGCGCGAACCGGCAGCAGCAGCUGGAGUGGGACGACUCCACCCUGAGCUACUGAGCCCUGGGCCGCCCCCGCCGCCCCUCCUUCCGCUUCAGGAGACUCUGCUGCCCCAGCCCCAAGGGUCCACGGUGUACAAAGUCAUUCCGGCCAGUAGGUCUGCAGACCCUCUCCAUCGCUGACCACCCGCCUGUGCUCGCUGUCGCCCCGCCCUCCGCCCAGAUCGCUCUGAGCUCCCCGCGGCUCGCUCUGUGCGGCCCCCCCCACCUCGCACCUCCAGAAAAGCUGCGAUCGCUGGACUUGUUGACAAAGGGUUAAAAUUGCCCCCUCCCGCCUCAUAAUCCUUUUUUUUUUUUUUAAAGUCUUUAUUUUUUCCAAACUAGUGCAUGUAUAAAAUGGCAGAAUGGGGGUUAAUAUGUAGAUGAUGAACUUUUUAAUAUUUUGUAAAUAAAUUGGGAUUCCUCGUGUCCUCCGUGCUAGUAUGACCCAGGACUGGCAUGCAAAGUGAAGCUUGAAACACGGGAGAGACCCCGUGGGCUCCGGCCCCACCCCCACCCUGGAGGAGAGCGGGCCUGCCCCGCUCGGGCCCUGCUCAAUGCACACCCUCGGUGGGCGGCCAGGCAGUUAAGGGGCACGGACUUCCCAGCACUGCUCAGCGGCAGGGGACCGGAUCGGAGACCCCUCUCCGGAGGCUGGAAAUGGCCAGGUCUUUCCUUUGGGAUUCUACCCAUUUCUGAUCCGGCAGAGGGGUGGGGAGCUGGGGUCCCUGGCCUCUUCCACACACUCCUCUGAGGACCGGCAGCUCCUUGCACAGGAAGCUGGACUCCUCGUGUGCAGCCUUGGGUUCACGCCUACUAGAUGUCUGUUGCCCUGCCGGGGAGUGUGCACGCCGAUGGCACAAAGCGUCUGGCCACUUGGUGCGGAGACAGAACAGGCCUGAGUGGUCCGGACUCAGAACGUCCAAGGACAGAUGCGCUCUGGCCCGAAGGCCGAGCGCUAGUGUUCUCCCCGACGGCUCCGGAGGCAAACUCCGCUCCCCAGGAGUGAGGGGCCCUGCUUCUGGGGCCCGUGGGGGAUGGAAAAGGAGAGGACAAGUCAUGAGCUCAAACCCCGACAGCACUUUGUUUUUAAUUUACAUGUAAAAUUUUAGAUUUCUAAACCUGGGGGAAAAUAAUUUUGAAUACUGUUCUGUGAUUAUAACUGCUAGUUGCAAGGACACUGCGGCCGUCCUGCGUCGUGUGUGGCCGCCCCUCACGUCCUGUCGCUGUAGCUGCUCUGUGUAGACAAUGGUAGAUGCUAAUGCGGACUCCGCGUGGUGUCACUUUGUAGAUGUGUAUAUUGAUGAGGUCAGAAAGUGUACCCGCUACAAUAAAGUGCUGGUUCUAACUCCAGUAGGAGCGCG